UCUGUCAUUCUGCUGCUCUGCCUGGGGCCGGGCCGUCUCCUUUCCCCCCUCCGGGGAGGCGGCGCCUGGCGCUGGGGGUAGAAAAGCGCCGAGGCGGCGGAGGGAAGGAGGAGGCAGGCCGGGCGAAGGGCCACCGAUGGAGCCGGAGCCGCUGCGGGACCUGCGGGCGCUGCUGGCGUGGGCGGGAGGGCGGCAGCCGCUGCGGCUGGCGGGCGAGGCGCGUCCGGCCGAGCUGGAGACCUUCGCCCGGGACCUCUUCGCCGAGCCGCCUCCGCCGGAGGACCAGAGCCAGGAAGCGGCGGCGGCGGGGCGUCGGGGGACGAGGCGGGCGCGGGUGCGGAGCGGGGCCGGGCGGGCUCCGUGGCGGGGCUGCGCGCUGCUCUUCGCGCUCCUGCGGGCCGCCUCGCUGGAGCAGCCGCGGGAGAAGCGCCGCCUGCGCGAGAUCCUCCGCGACCUGCGCGCCCAGCUGCCCGACGCUCCGACGCCCGCCGUGGUCGGGGUGGUGCUGCUGCGGGCCGAGCCCGAGCCCGAGGAGGCGGCGGCGGCGGCGGAGGCGGCACGGCUGCAGCUGGAGGGGCUGCUCCGCGGGGUCUUCCGCCAGCGGCGCCGCAAGGAGCCCGGGCUGCCGGACACGGUGCAGGCGGUGGCUUACCGGCCCGGGGACGGCGGGGCAGCGCGAGAAGCCGCGUGCCGAGCGCUGCGAGCCGCCCUGAAGCUGCGGGCAGAUGGGGCAGGAGACCCUCCAAGGCAGAAACUGCCUGCCUUCCUGUCGUGUAUUCCGUGGGGCAGAAGAAAUGAGGAUUUUCACAUGGAUGAAGAUGCUAUACAAGACUUAGAAGGAGCCAUGGCUUUGACCAACAUUGCACCCAACGGGAAGUGUGAAGAAGCCUCAGAGGCGUUGGACACCUAACAGAAUGCGGUUUGUUGGUCUCUCUGAUGGAUUCCACAUCCUUCUCAUCCGGGAGUUAAAAAAAAAAUAUUGCAAACCCGGGACAGCCUUACGAGCUCCGUGAAGGAAGCAGCUAGAAGCUGGUCUGUUUUUUUAAAAAAAUGAUAGUUUGUUCCAGACCCACCGGUGCAGAAAAAUGCUGGCUUGUCUCAUUUCAGCAUCCUUGUUCCACGGGCAGCCUUCAUUCUAUUCUUAAGCACAUCAAGAUGCGUCUUGUCAUCACAGAAAAAAGCCAUUGGAUCUCUUGAGGCUCAUAAUUUAGAGAAGCAUCGUUGGUUUCCAAAAGUUGCGAUGGAGAUUGUGCAACAGAAAUGGCAACGCAAUCCUCCUCCUUGCCACUUCCGAGUCGUCUCAUUCUUAUUUAAAGUGUCUCCUUCAUUCUGGCAUCCUUGUCUGCAGGGGUAGAAUCUUGAUGCUCGGAAGGCGAAGAGAAACAAUUGCUGGUGUUUUGAGGAAACCCCCCUCCCACUUUAUUCUGUUUCUGAAUAUGGUUUUUGGUGGCAAAGACAUUCUACUACCUUGUUAUUGGAAAUACACACGUGAAUUUACUUGGUCUUGUGGCUACUCUGUCCCUUGCUGUUUUGGAAACUUACUAUAGCAAUGUUUUUCAACCUUGGGCACUUUCAAAUGUGUGGACUUCAAGUCCUAGAAUUCUUGCUGGCUGGGGAAUUCUGGGAAUUGAAGUCCACACAUUUGAAAGUAGCCAGGGUUAGGUUGGGGUUGAGCGACACUGAAUUAUAGCCAUGGUUAAAACUUGCAAUAUAUAUAUUUUUCCCCAUCAAAAUAAACGGUUAUUCAUUUCGCGAAUGAAGGCAAAUGUUACGGUUACGCAUUUUUUUAUAAACAUAUUUUUUUCAACAAAAUAAAUGUUUAUUCAUUUGUUA